UGAGAGUCGCGCUGCUGUAGCAAGCGGCUAACUCACACAGAGGAGGCUAACGAGCAGCUUGCUAACCUGCGAAGUGCACCGGGGUCUGAAGAGUGAAGCUUAAAGGGACAUUUUCUUUUCGGAUUGAAUCUCAACUCCUCCGGUCCUUUGGGAUCAUGGCAAAAGAUAUCGUCUUUCGUUCAUGUCCUAUGCAGGCUGGUUUGAUUGAAACAAACGGAGAGCUGAAGGUUUUCAUCGAUCAGAAUAUGAGCCCAAGCAAAGGUGUCCUAUCUUUGGUUACUGUCCAGCCCACAGCUGCCCCUGUGGCCAAACAGCUGCUACCCAAAACUCUCGGGCCAUCCAACGUGAACAUCACUGCACACAUGCAACAUGUGCCACACAUGGUAAUUGGAACACCUCAGAGACCCACGGUAUCAAACACCAUUUUGGUGAACAGUCCACAUACACCAAGUUCACAGUUCCUCACUCAGAGUCAACCGUCAGACGCCUCUCCAUGGUCUUCGGGUAAGCGCGGUAAGAAAGGAGAAAAGAAUGGGAAGGGCUUGAGACAUUUCUCCAUGAAAGUGUGUGAGAAGGUGCAGAAGAAAGGAGUCACCACCUACAAUGAGGUUGCAGAUGAGCUGGUGGCAGAAUUCAGCUCUGCAGAUAACCACAUGUCACCCAACGACUCACACGUGUAUGACCAGAAGAACAUUCGGCGGCGUGUCUAUGAUGCACUCAAUGUGCUCAUGGCCAUGAACAUUAUCUCUAAAGAGAAGAAAGAAAUUAAGUGGAUUGGCCUUCCGACCAACUCGGCACAGGAGUGCCAAAACCUAGAGGUGGAAAGACAAAGGCGGCUGGAGAGGAUUAAGCAGAAACAAUCACAACUUCAGGAGCUCAUACUGCAGCAAAUAGCGUUUAAGAACCUGGUUCAGCGGAACAGACAAACAGAGCAGCAGGCAAACAGACCUCCACCUCCCAACUCCAUCAUUCACCUUCCAUUUAUUAUUGUCAACACCAGCAAGAAAACUGUCAUCGACUGCAGCAUCUCCAACGACAAGUUUGAGUAUUUGUUCAACUUCGACAGCAUGUUUGAGAUCCAUGAUGACAUCGAGGUGCUGAAGCGAAUGGGCAUGGCCUGUGGUUUGGAGGUGGGAAAGUGUUCUCCAGAGGAUCUGAAGGUCGCACGUAACUUGGUGCCCAAAGCUCUGGAGCCCUACGUUAUAGAGAUGGCAAAGGGUCCCAUUAGUAAUGUCUACAUCACUGGAGGCUCCUCAGCUAAUGGAGCUCGUUACCCGGCAAGCAGUGAUGGCUGCACCGACGGCACUAUGGCCUCCAGCUCAAAUGACUCUCACUACAGCGGCUCUCGUGUGGAGACUCCAGUGUCGUACAUGGGGGAUGACGACGAUGAGGAUGAGUACGACGAGAACGACGACGAAGACUAAACCCGUCUUUAGACCGCCGUUCCAACAAGCACAGUCCCUCAAACCACCUUCACCGUGGGAAUCUAGUCCCCAUGUUUGUGUGUGCUUCUUCCACCUUCCCCCCUGCUCCCCAUGCCUGUAUUUCUGUCUGGCUUUUUCAGGGGUGUAGAUGAAAUAUUGAACAGAGGUGUGUGCGUCUGUGUCGCACCCAUCUUUUUGAAUCCUGUGCACAUGCACUACAGCUCUGGGGGUGGUGUCGUCCAAGGGAACUGUGGUCUGUGGCCCUGCCACCACACUGAAGUCUUUGUAUGUCUAUUCUACUUCUCAAUAAGCCAUCCCACUAAAAACAACCCUCUGUAUUA